GCUCUACCCCACUUCCUGUUCCGGCCGGCUCCCGCCUGCGGGGAGCUCCCGACGCCGGCGGAAGUGCGUGUGCGUGGCCAUGGCGGCGGUGGAUAUCCGAGAUAAUCUCUUGGGAAUUUCCUGGGUUGACAGCUCCUGGAUUCCAAUAUUAAACAAUGGGAGUGUGUUGGACUAUUUCUCAGAGCGAAGUAACCCGUUCUAUGAUCGAACAUGCAACAAUGAAGUUGUCAAAAUGCAGCGGAUGACCUUGGACCAUUUGAACCAGAUGAUUGGAGUGGAGUAUAUCCUUCUUCAUGCUCAAGAGCCCAUUCUCUUCAUUAUCCGAAAGCAGCAAAGGCAAUCUCCAACACAGGUUAUUCCAUUGGCUGACUACUAUAUCAUUGCUGGUGUGAUUUAUCAGGCACCUGACCUGGGGUCUGUCAUUAACUCCAGAGUUCUCACUGCAGUGCAUGGAAUUCAGUCUGCUUUUGAAGAAGCUAUGUCCUACUGUCGCUAUCACCCAUCCAAAGGCUAUUGGUGGCAUUUCAAAGAUCAAGAAGAACGAGAGAAGGCUAAACCAAAAGCCAAGAAGAAAGAAGAACCAAGUUCUAUUUUCCAAAGGCAACGGGUAGAUGCUUUGCUUCUAGACCUGCGACAAAAGUUUCCACCUAGAUUUGUUCAGCAAAAGCCUGGAGAAAAGCCCAUCCCAGUGGAUCAAAUCAAGAAGGAACCAGAACCAGCCCCUGAAGCUAUCAAGCCAGAGGAGAAAGAGACUGUAAAGAACGCUCAGCAGAGUGCUGGCACUAAAGGACCUCCUGAAAAACGGAUGAGACUCCAGUGAAGGAAAUUGUUACACAUCUGGAUUAGUCAGUACCUGAAAGUCUACAGGAGAUUCUUGCUCCCUUUCCUUAAUAUUUAAGCUCUUCACCAAGACUGUGAAAAUUCAGGAAUUGAAGUCCCUGUAGCAGCUCUUUCUGUAGAAACCUAUUGUAGAAAUGGCAAUGGCAGGAUGUGAGCUGCUUCAAAGAAAGUGUUUUCAGUUUUCAUUCUGUUUUUCAGGUUGGCUUCUGAGAAUGGUUUUUACACUGAGGUAUAUUUUUGCAGCCUCCUGAAAUCCUUGCAAUCCCUUGUGUCUUGGUUUCUUUUGUAAAAAGAAAAACUUUUAUAAAAAAAACCAAACUUGUUCUUGGUGAAUCAAAUCCUGGAUGCUAGGUUGCCUUUCUUAAAUACUUACUUUGUUAGUGAAUAUGCCAUACAUGCUGGCAGCAGUCUCUUACUUGGAUAUCAGAAUAUGUCAUGUGUUAUUUUGAGGAAGGCAAGUUUAACUAAAGGAUUUAGGCUGUCAGAUAUAAAUUGCUGUGCCUUUAGUGUGUUUGGUAUAUAGAUUGAAGAUUUGGCAACUGGAGGCUCAAAUCCAUGUAAUUAGAUGUCAAACUGCCCCAAGUUUCUAAAUGUUCUCAGCCACUCUUUUUACUUAAAGAUAAGUGACAGCUAAGCUGUUCUGUUAUAAUAAAAAGCUAGUGUUUAUCGAAGAGAUAUGAUGACAUAAAACAGGCUAAAAUACCUUGCUGUUAUGUGCUCACAGUGUCUACAUUUCUUUCUUUCAUUGUAACUCAAAUGUCUCAAUUGCAUACUGUUUCCUCUGUGCUUCUAGCACCUUCUUGCUCUGUCUAAUCACCUUGAGUAGUUGUCUGUCUGUUAGACCUGAGGAGGUAGGGAAGGGGAAGAGAAACAUCACUGACCGCUGUAUACUUUGCAUAUUUGCUAUGGUGUUUAUGCAAGGCACUCUUUGGCUUGUGGAGAAUUUAGAUGUCAUCCAUUGCUAGGAAAUGACUAUCGGCUUGUUUCAUUUUUUUAUGUAGAAGUAGUGGAGCCAUUCUUGAAACAGUUUUCUUCUCCCCUUAGCCCCCAAACUGUUGCUUACUUUGUAAUAUCCUCUAGUAAAUGUUAGAGUGAGGAAAAAGAGUUCUAAAUAGCAGACAAAUGUAAGUAGGAGAGACUAAAAUACAUUCAGGCUGCUCUGUCAAAUUUAUUUUGAUGUUAUAGGAGGGAUUUUCACUUCAGUAACUGAGGAAAAGUUCUGACUGGGUAGCUACUGAAUAAUGGAAAGACCUGUGUAACUUCUGUCCUGUAAUCCAAGGCUGUAACAAAUAUGUAGAUAAGCAAAUGGACAAAAAAGGGGAGGAGGGGCAGAAAGGCAAAAAAAGCAAAGUUGGAGCAGCUAUUUCUCCAAAUGUUGAUGGAGGUGGAUAAUAAGCUAGCGUGAAGUCCUAACUCAAGUGAAGAUGUAGAGAGUAGUUAUUCUGGGAUGCUCAAAACAAGUUGGAGAUAUUCAACCUUGAAUAAUUACAAUGUAGUAUGAAUACAUGUGGAACAAAAGGUUAUGGCCUCUUUUCUGUAUUAGAGGACUUCCCCUGAGAACAAAGGGCCCAAGAAGCACCAUAAACUUUGACACUAGGUUGCUGAAUUAUGACAGAACCUGAGCAAGGAAUGGGACUGGUUAACCAGAGCCCUAAGACUGUCUAUUUCAGUGGCACCAUGCUGAGUCAGAAAUGUACUGCUUACAGCAGUAAUCUACCACUUACAAAUGCCUAGCUUGAGUACUGUUUUGCUUGAGGAAACUUGUUUACAAUCAUAUGUAACCAUAGCAAGUCUACAAAGUCAAACAUGCAUUAGUAACCUGUAAGAGGUGUGGAGUUUUGGGGGUGUUUUGUUUGUUUUUAGUGAGCUUCAGGUAAUGCUCCUUUACUUGUAUGUUUGUUUUAUGAUAGUUUUUAAUUGUCAGAUCAAACUAUUUUAUCCAUAGGAGUCAUGUGUCCUUUUUUUGAGUAAACACCAUGAGCAGUGCUCAGCUGUUAAGAAACUAUUCAGUUUUUUUCUCUUGGUAGUUCGGUAUUUGGUCCUGAGCUGUUUCUUCUGUGUGCUAUUCAGAACCUGCUCUGAAAACAAUUAUUAAUUUCCUCAUUAGUCUCUCGUUUGGUAUUCAUCAUCUUCUAGAAUCUGAUUCAUUUCAGCCAUUUACACCAAUAAACACUCCAAAAUACAGAGGUUAUCCACAUCUUACAAAUGGAGAUAAUGUGGAUUAUGGUUGGGGGCAGGGGAUUUGUCCAGUAGGACAGGAUCUGGUGGUGUGCUGUUGACAUCUCAACAGCAGAAGGCUUCAAUUAUUUCUGCAAGGGUGUAGUUAUUAGCCUUUAGUCCAUAGUGCGAGAGUGCUGGGGAUCUAUCACUCUUUCCUAAAGACUCAUCAGAUGGUAAGUGAGAAGAGUAAGCCGAUUGCUGGUAGGAUUCAGUUCCACAGGAGCUUUGCCCCUCUCUGAAAAUUUUGGAGGACUGCAAGAUGAAAAAACAUUUGCGGGGGGGGAAAGAUAGGUUGUGUGAAAGCCAGUUAAAUGUGCUAACCAAAUGUUUCUGCUGUUGAGUAGCUACAGACGGAUGUGAUCUUUCUUCUCUGCUCUAUUGUAUGGUUAGCCAUUUUUCUUCUCUUCAUUGCCAUAUAACGGGAAUCAUUUCUCUCCUCCCUCCCCCCCAAAAAUCCUGUCUACUCCUUACCUGAUCAGAGUACAGAAGUGGAAGGCUCUGCUAAUCUGAACACAACUGUGUAGUCUUGCUGCUGUGACCUUGAUACUGAAGGACUUGCUGUAGGUGCUCAGCACUGUGUUAUGAACUGUUACGUUAACACAUUUUAAAAUCUAAUUGGCCAUGAAUUCAAUGAUGGAACCCAAAUUCUUUCUCCUAGUCCUAACUAUAUGGUUAUGCAUAACUUAACUGAGGGUGGGGGGAAAAAAAAGCAGUAGGCAACUUCUAGGGGUAGGGCAUAUGAUGUUUUGAGCAAAUUGGCAGAGUGAUGUAGUAGGGGCUCUUUUAUAGCCUAAGUCAGGAAUGGUCACAGAGCAGAAGCAUGAAUUUAAAAGUAGCACUACAGACACUGCACACACACAAAAAAAUAAUGUAAUAGGAUUUUUCUAUUACAGCUAUUGUGUCCUGAAUUACAUUUAUUUCAAAAGACAAUCUGACACAGUUCAAGGCUUUGGAAUGCAAAAGGGAUACAUGAAAAGUAGCAGUGGAAAAUUAUUCAAAAACUUAAAAGCACAGAUGACAGAAUUUAGAGGAAAAAAGUUUCUAAGGCUUUAAAAUUAAAAUUAGUAAGAAAAACAGUAAAUCUAAGCCUCAUACAGUCAGAGUUUGCUCACUCUUAGCCAAAACAAUAAUGAACAACCUCAGAUAACAUACAGCUAUGGAUAUGUAGGAAGAUGUCAAAACAUCAGUGAUAAUCCAUGUAUAUGUUGGAGGCUUGUGGUCAUUGUGCCACACUUACUGUUCCUGAUCUAAAGCAACUGAUUUUCGUUUAGCUAUGUAAAGGCUACAAUAGGGAUAGAUGUGUUAGUGUGGUAUUCUCUUAGCCUGUGUUGUGAUAAGCAUCUUCAAUAACUGAAUAAACUUUGUCAAAUGAAAAAUA